AUGAAGAUCCCCCAGUUCUUGGCCGCUUUGAUUCCCGUGGCUUUGUGCGCUGGCCUCGGCCAUGCAAUCCACAACCCAAUCAUCCCUGGUUGGAAUCCGGACCCUGCAAUCCUCCGCGUGGGGAAUGAGUACUAUAUUGCGACGUCGUCAAUGGAGUACUGGCCAGGGAUUCCGAUCUAUCGAUCGACGGACCUGGAAGAAUGGGAACUGUAUUCUCACGCCCUCACUCGCCCGGAGCAGCUACAGCUAUACGGGACUCCCACCAGCGCAGGUGCUUGGGCCCCGUCCAUGACCUUCAUCAAUGGCAAAUUCUAUAUCACUGCGGUCACCCGAUGGACCUAUGACCCCGUCGCCAAAGUCUGGCCGAGGGCAUACUGGAUAUCCUCCACGGACCUGAAACACUGGUCGGAUCCCGUCUGGGGCGACCCCUGGGGAAUCGACCCGGAGCUGUUCCAAGAUCCAGCGACCAAGGAUGUAUACUUGAACAUCAUGGCGCCGAACAACAACGUCGAUCGACUAUGGGGUAUUUCGCAGUGCCGGGUCAACCUGGACACUGGUCGGUGUAUCGGACAAUACCGCUCGAUCUGGAAUGGGACAUUACCGCACACGUCAGAUGCUCGACCGGAGGGACCGAAGAUGUUCAAGCGUGGGCGUUGGUACUACUUGCUGAUUGCCGAAGGUGGCACCGAUGAGCUGCAUCGAGCAAGCAUUGCGCGGUCUGCGACAGUCGAAGGCCCAUGGCAGGCGAACCCGAACAACCCGCUCAUCUACAACGGCGCGUACGGGUUCCAGAACCUGACUGUGCAGUCGACAGGACAUGCCACCAUGUUUGAAACCGGCGAGGGUGACUGGUAUGCUGUCUUCCUCGCUCGUCGCAACAUCAAUGGGACAUCCCCUCUUGGCAGAGAAACAUUCCUCUGUUCGGUGGCGUGGGAAGACGACUGGCCCAUCUUCAACAACGGGGAGCCGAUCCUUCUCAACGACGGCUCUGAGCCGAAGCCGAUCCCUUCACCUUUCCUCGAUACCUUCAGCAAGCCACAGCUAGAUCCGUCUUGGUACACGUUGCGCACUCCAUACGACAAGACGUACACUGUGAGUCCUCGUGGAAAAAACAAGGGCUUGAUUCUCCAUCCAAACGUCUUCUCGCUAAGCGAGCGGGAUGUGCCAGCGGCUGUACUCCGCAAGCAGACAUCCCUCAAUAUGACCUUCUCAGCCACGACGCUUCCCAUUAAGGGUGGCCUGGGCCCACGGCAGACCAUCGGAAUCAGCGCGUAUCUGAGUGAGCUGCAGCAUCAGGAUAUUGGUCUCACUGGCUGUGCGGAGCAGCAAGGACUAUGCCUAUAUACUGCACUGAUCAACAACGGAACAUCCGAGCACGUCGAAUACCCGCUCAACACGACAAAAAUCAACAAACUCACCUUCCACAUACGCGCACAGCCCCUCGAAUAUCACCUCGGAUACAACCUCGCAAAACCCGGAGUGACAUGGCUCGCAUCAUUCCCAUCAUCAUGGAUGGCAACUGCGCCGCCAAAUUGGUUCGUCUUUGAUGGGGCAAUGUUCGGACUCUUUGCGAGUGGGAAUGGCCAGCCGUGGCCUGUUGAUGGCCCGGAGGUUGGGUUUAAGAAGGUGGAGGAGGUCUAUUAUCAGGAGGAUAUCCCGGAUUACGAUAUGUGGUAG